CGCGCGAGCGAGCACGCCAGGCAGCACGAGCGGACGACAGAGAAGGGCCAGAGGUCACCGGAAGCCCAGGGCAUGCCGGGCUAGACCCGCGGCUGUGCCCGCCCCUCUCGAGCGGAAAAUUUCCGCUUUAAGUAGGGAGCAAAGCUGCAGUUGUAGCUGGUUCUUUUCCCUGUUACGUCAAUUCUAAAGUGCUUGAUCUAUUGACACUAAGCAAGAUGAAUGUCUCAGAAGCAAGAACUGACCUCAAACACCUAAAGGUCCCUGGGGAUUUCCAAGGUCAUUUCCUUGCUGGAACACUUUUCCUUAUCAUAGCUCUUUGGUGGAGUACAAAGAGCAUUCUGAAGCAUGUUUGUAAACAGCAAAAGAGGUCUUCCUCCCUUAUUACCAAAGAAUUCUUCUUUCGAGCAGAACUUUUGGAGGGAAUUGUGAUUAUUGGCAUGGCAUCAGUAGGAAUAAUUGGUCUAUACAUCGCACUUUCAAAGAUACAUCAGUUCUCAGAUAAAGAAUCCAGGUUGACCCUAAUCCUGCACUGGCAUCAUCUUGCCAUGUAUGUCUUCUUUGCAAUACUAGGUGGGACCAAGAUCUUAUGUUCCAUCUUUAGUUCACUUCCAGUCUCUUUGGUCAAGUUAACGUUAUCAAGUGCCUUAUUUGUGGAAGCUUUCAUUUUCCACAAUCACACACAUGGCCGGUCAUUGGUGGACAUCUUUGGGCACCAACUGUUGAGCUUUGCUGUAUUUUUGGCAGGUCUGGUUGCCUUCAUAGAAUUCCUCACAAAGAACAAUGUAGUUCUGGAGCUCCUGAGGUCAAGCCUCACCAUGCUACAGGGGAUGUGGUUCUAUCAGAUUUCUUUUGUCCUGUAUCCCAAAAAUAGAAACUAUGCAUGGGACCUGUCUGAUCAUAGCAACGUUAUGUUUCUCACCAUAUGCUUUUGCUUGUAUUAUGCAUUGACCUAUGCCAUCAUUGGAAUUAAUUAUGCUCUUGUUACCUGGUUGGUUAAGUGGAGACUUAGCAAGCUCUGCACCUCAGAAACUCAACUUCUGAAAAAUCAUGAACAGCAAGAAGAAUCAGAAGAUGAAAUAUGAUUUUUUUGACUGGCAUCUAGUCUCUCUAAAUUAACCUUCUUAUUUUUUGCAUUGUCUUUGCUCAUGGUUUUGUUUAGUGAAUGGUAUGGAAAGAAGCCAUGACCACAAGCCUGUAAUUUUGCAAGUUCAGAGCCAAAUUACCAUGGGCCAUCUUUUGUCAAUUUAUAGCAAAUUAUUACCCAACUCUGUAUGUGACCUAACAUCUCUGUGAUUAUAAGUAAAUCCUUAGGAAUGUAAAGACAGAACCUUAGUCUAUACCCAGUAGAAAUCUAUGAAUAUAGAUAAGAGAGCAUCAGAGGACUGGACUUGAGGUUCCCCCCUUUUCUGUAACCUGCCUACCUGAUGUUUCUACUAACGUCUUUGAAAAGUGUUUUGAACAUCGUUUUCUUUGUUCUGUUAUUAUAAAAGUUUAUGAAAUUGUUACCAUGUUGGAACAUGGAAUUUGGGGUAACUCACAUCUGUGUUCCUGGGCUAUGGUCACUCACAUCUGACUCUAGAUGAAAUUAUUUUUUAAUCCCCUUGGAGAUGACAAUAGUUUCUAGUGUUGACAGAUUCUUAACUUUUUUCUGAAGAAUACCUGGCUGAGGAUGACUCUGUAGUGGUGUUCCAAUUUUGUUGAGGCAUUUGCAUUUACAUGUUUUAUUCUUAGCUUGUAACAUCAUGUGAGAUAAGUUCAUUUUAUAUAUCAUGUAGAGUGAUUAUUCUGAUGUUAUAGGCCCACACUAUGACAAAUAUUUGUUUAAUUUAUCUGAUACAUAUGUAUAUGGUUUGUGAUAUUGAUGCUACUGAAAUCUACCUAAUAUUAGAUUAUAUUUAUCCUGUUGCUGCAAUGAGAAAUAAGUGAAUGCGUGCUCCACGGUGCAGAAGUCUGAAGAGGAAAUUGCAGAAAUUCCGUUCUGUGCCCAAUUGCUUCAGUUCUCUGAGAGGAAGAAGAUGACCAGAAGUUAUCCUGAACUUUCCAAAGGGUAAAAGGGAUGUUCUCAGGGUACACAGUUACAAAGCCAUGAGACUGGGAAAGGAGAAUUGUGGUAGUACCUGUGAGAAGAGAAUGCUACCAUCACAUUGUAAGCCACCAAAGUCAUCCUGUUAAAGCAGGUGAAGGAGUAACACAGGAAAACCCUAUCCUGUAACACUAGACUCUCAGUACCUCAAGAUUCUAUGUCUUUGCAAGUUGGAGUUGUAAUGUAAUAAGUAAACUUUCACCUACAGUAACUUGAAGCCAGCAUUCUAUGUCUAGUCCUGGGUAGACAUGUGAGAAUAAGUGGCACGAAUCAGAUUUAAAAUAUAUUUGAAAACUGUUAAGUGCAAAUACUCUGCAGUCUUCAUGAAAGAGCAGAAAUGUCUACGUGUUUAGUGUGGUAGAAGGCAAGCCCCUGAGAAAAACAGCUGCCAUCUUCUUCAAAUCAGCUGGACCUGUUGACUAUUGAAGAUCCCUCAGAGGUGGACUGUGGAGGGAAACUUUGAUCAAUAGAAUUCUUUUAUGGUUGAUAAUUUUGCUUUUUGAAAAAACUGUAUUAUAACAAGUUUUCUGAAAUAAUGCCAAGUACUUUAUAGCAUAAAUGUUGAAUAUUUUAAAUUCUAAAACAUUGGCUGAGGAAAUUUGGCUUUAGGCUACGCUUCUCAACAUGCACACACCAAUGGAAUCUUUUAACAUUUAUUGGGUGUGUCAGUGUGAAGCAUGCUAAAAGUGUGAUGGUGAACAUUAUGAUAAUUUACUGUGUUGAAAAGACUUGUAAAAACAAAAUUGUUUUUAGCCUGUAAGCCAUGAGGAAGUUGCUCUUAUCUUGAAUGUAUCAUGUCAGCUAACUUGCCCAAGAUGGAUGACUUCUUGCUGCAGUUGGGCUAUUCUUAAAAACCGCUGAUUGCGCCGGGCGGUGGUGGCGCACGCCUUUAAUCCCAGCACUCGGGAGGCAGAGCCAGGCGGAUCUCUGUGAGUUCGAGGCCAGUCUGGGCUACCAAGUGAGUUCCAGGAGAGGCGCAAAGCUACACAGAGAAACCCUGUCUCGAAAAACCAAAAAAAAAAAAAAAAAA